AUGGCCCCGGCCCCUGAACUGACAGAGAACCAGACAGAGAACCUGACAGAGAACCUGACAGAGAACCUGACAGAGAACCUGACAGAGAACCAGACAGAGAACCUGACAGAGAACCAGACAGAGAACCUGACAGAGAACCUGACAGAGAACCUGACAGAGAACCUGACAGAGAACCAGACAGAGAACCUGACAGAGAACCUGACAGAGAACCAGACAGAGAACCUGACAGAGAACCUGACAGAGAACCAGACAGAGAACCUGACAGAGAACCUGACAGAGAACCAGACAGAGAACCUGACAGAGAACCUGACAGAGAACCAGACAGAGAACCUGACAGAGAACCUGACAGAGAACCUGACAGAGAACCUGACAGAGAACCAGACAGAGAACCUGACAGAGAACCUGACAGAGAACCUGACAGAGAACCAGACAGAGAACCUGACAGAGAACCUGACAGAGAACCAGACAGAGAACCUGACAGAGAACCUGACAGAGAACCUGACAGAGAACCUGACAGAGAACCUGACAGAGAACCUGACAGAGAACCUGACAGAGAACCUGACAGGUUCUCUGUCAGGUUCUCAGGGCAGGGCUUGGUUAGUACUGUGA